GGCCGCUGUGUUCCGUUCUGUUUUAUUCCGCCAGUUGAUUUCGGUUCGGGUUCGGAUCCGCUCAGCUCAGUUCUGUUUUGUGUCCCGUCGAAUUCGCAACCCUCGACCACUCAACACAUCGCCGAUCGCCGGAUCGGUGAGGGUCUUGCCAGUAAAAUUCAUGUUAAUGAAUGUUAAUUUAUACAUUUGUAAGAAUCUAAAAUCUGUUUUCCAUACACAACAAUUAUUGGUGCGGCAGAGUCGCUCGUCGGCUUCAAAUUUGGAAACAGUCGCGCCCGAAUCGUCACCGUGAUCGUAACGAUCGUUGAAAAUAACGGUAGCAUAACGGUAAAAGUAACGAAAACGAAAGUUUAGCAACGUUUCCGUGAUGGAUCCCGAGUUUGUGAACAAAUACAACCAGGUCCUGAGUCGCCUGAAGCUCGUGGAGAACUUUGAUGGGAGUGAUCCUAGCAAGCUGCCGCAGUUCCUGCAGAAAAUCGAGGCCCUGAUGCCGGCCAUAAAUAGUUUCGAUGAAUAUUAUAGAGCCCAGUUAAUAGGGCACAUCAAAAACAAAUGCACGGACCGGGCAAGAGAGGCGGUCUUCACCCGACAGAUGAGUGCUCCGGUGGGGAAUGGCAACGGCGCCGCCAAUGGUCACCUUCUGAAGGCCGAGUCCUGGCUGAAGCUCAAGGAUCAACUGCUGUACAAUUACGCGGAAAAGGAGUCCAGCUACUCGCUGAUACACAAAAUACGUAGUGCCGUGGUGGACUCCAACAUAGAGCUGUAUUACCAAAAGAUGGCCAAGCUGAAGCACAGACUGAUCAACAGGAAACUCACCCACAACGACACCCUGUACUCCCUGGAGGAUAUAGAAAGGAUCACGCUGCAGGUGUUCAGAGAUCACCUGCCUGAGCCCACGCACUCCAUGAUCCUGCGCCGCAAUCCCAAGUCCAUGGAGGAGGCCUACCGCUACAUAGUCGAGGUGCAGCAGCAGUUCUACACCCAGAGCGGAUCCCUGGCCACCGACCAGGCGGCCACCUUCAGCACCAGCCACAAGCAGCCGACCCACGGCGUGGGCAUGGGCGGAGUGGGUGUCAGCACCGUGGGUCUGGGCGUGGGGAUGGGAGCUGUGGGCCUGGGACUCUCCUCCUAUGCCCGCCAAAUGUCCGACAAAGGACAGCAAAGCAACACCAAGAGCUACUACAACCAGGCAGCACCUCCUGUGGGGGCCGGAAAGACCAAUCCCAUGUUCAAGAGCAUCGGCAACCCCACAUUCAAGUCCAGCUUCAGCUACAAUGGGAGCAGCUCCAACUCCGGAAUGGGCUACGGCUACUCAGGUGGCAAGAAGUCGGACAUAAAACAGAACUAUCAGCAGCAGAAGAACCUUAACUACGCGAAGAACUCCUCGACAAGUGCCUGGAAAAAGUAGUAGAAGAGACCUUCAGAUCUUCAGAUCUCUGGAUGAGACAAUCUGUAGCCAUGGGCAUGACCUAAUCCCUUGGAGCCUGUGACUAAUCCAAGGCAAAGUGCUUGCCACCUCAUGCUAAUUACCCGAUCCCAACCUCACCUCUAAUAAUUCAAUGAUUCCAAUGAUGAGGUAGAUGCAGAUUAUAGAAUGUGAAUGUAGAUUAAAAGUGAAUAGAAGUGUGUAAUGCCGAGUAUAAUAGCGACAGGCAGACAGCAAGCAGUCUACAAUAUAAUCAUGUAAAUAAAUAAAUUGUUAAAUAAAUUAAAUAACCCCGAAGAUAAAAUAACUUAAUCAAAAAUAAUGUACAUAUAGGAAUAUAGCCGAAUGCAAAUAAUACAAACGAUGUGAAUGUAGAUGAAGAUAAUGCAAAUAAUAAUACAUACAAUGUGAAAGCAAAUAAAGUGCCUGCUGAUAAAUGUAAUCAAUUCACGUUAAAAUAAAUACCGUUGUUGAUUUUAAAAUUAUGAUAGUAACGGUCAACGUUGUACUAGAAAUGCUAUGCAUCGAAAUCAAUUCAUAAUGUUGUUUUGUUUUAAAAUUUAAGUAUAAACUAAAUCGGAUCUGAUGAUUGAAUUACAGAAUUAGACGAUCAAGUAUACAUAUAAGGAAGAGAUCGUGGAGAUGAUGUCGAUAUACCAGAUAAUGAUGCCGAUCAAAGCUGAUGAUGCCCAAUAAUGAUGACAUCGAUCGCGUGUCUAUCGAUGAUGAUCCAUCCACCGACAGUAUGGACAUGUUAAUUAUUAGCUCAUAAGACUCGAGUGUACAUAGCCCCACACCUCAACCCAAGCCCCAACCCCAACCCCAUCCCCCACCCCAUCCCAGUCACAUUACCCACUUUUUUCUCCCACAAUCGCCCACCUUUAAAUGUGUUUUUUGUUAACAAUAAAGUGUAAAGUCUAACA